AUGAAGACGUUGUCCCUACUCUUGCAAUCCAUCACUGGUGCCAGAGCAGGCGAGAUUCGUCGAUCCCAUCAAUACGGGGGCCUCGGAUGUCUUCUAUGGGAACAUACCACCAUUCAUCUCGAUACUAAUGCGAACGUAUAUCUAACAAUCCUAACGGCGGCACGUCUGUGGAAGUCAAAGAGUUCUCGAACCCAUCCCACAACUGCCUUUGCCCCUGUCAAUCUGCUUCUCUAUCAUGCGCUCGGGACCGAGGCCGUCGAGGGAAAAUUCUCGCGAGCUAGCGCAUCUAAGGACUUCAACGCCGGAGUUGCUGUUGAGCAGGCUCGAUUCGGACUGAGUUAUUCGGAAAGAAAGGUACAAGAGCCUGUAUCUGGUUCCUCACAAAGUGUACUGUCCGGAAUUACCGAGGAGUACAUCGGUGUUAUCGGUGACGAUGCGUGGGGGAUACGUGUCAAUAGCCCAUUACCCCAAGCUACGAAGCAUCAGAUUGACUACGCUCCCAUAAGGAUCACGGAAGUCAUGACCACAAGAUACCUCGGCAAGAACAUGAAUCUUGUUCGCUUUACGGCGUAUUACCUCGAGCUUUGCACCCAGGCCAAUGAUAUUUCCGAUGGCUAUCGGGAUGCCAUUGACGAUGUGCCACAGCUUUGCGCAACCGCCAUCAAGAGAUGUCGCGACUUUCACAGCAAGCCUCUGGGACGUUCUGAAAAGGUCCCCACUACCGGCCAGCGAUGCUCAGUGGUCUGUGGUGUCAAGAGGAAGUUCAAUUUUAUGUCAGUUCUCAAGCACCACCUCAACACGGCCCUUAAAGAGCUGCAGACACUUUCCCUCACCUUCAUCUCCCUGCCUUCUUCUUGUCGGUGGGCAGUAAGCGACAUGAUUUGCCGUGUCUACGGCUUCGAGUUCGCCGUGGAGUGCUACAACAAGGAGCUUGCCAAGCAUCAUUACUAUCACCGAAAGGUUUUGCACCUGAUGCGGGAGAGCGACAAAGCCAUUGCAUCUUCCAUGGUUGAUUCGGAUUUGGAGAGAAACGGAUGA